AUGAGCAUUUUAGACAGGAUUGUGUGCGGCGUCGGGGCGGAUGUGGCGUACCAUCAGCACGUCAUGGGGUUUUACGUUACAGCAGCAUCUGGUCUGAUAUUCUUCCUGGAGAUUACCUGGGCCAUCACGCUAUUUGUGCAGAUCUGCGUCAGAAACGACGAGUCUCUUUGUUCAUGCUGCUGGUCGGCUGUGCUGGCGAUAACGAGGGGUUGGCGGAGGGCAUUGUUUUAUCUGCCGCUAUCCUGUGUUUUGGCAUGGAAACCGCACAGUCUUUGGUUGUCCUAUGUCGCGGCCGGACUUUUGGCAGUGCUAUCCCUGCUUCAUAUUACAUCCAGUGCUUUGGGUGGCCGCGGCUCCUGCCAGAUGAGCAGUGCCACGGACUCGGUUGGCGAGAGCCUUCUAAACACUAGGCCCGAGAAUUAUGAUCGUUUCGAUGAAGUUCUGGUGACGGAAGUGAUGGACGACGGCGUGUCGGGACCUACUGGACGAGUGGGCGAUAGCCACGGGGAAAUAUGACAGGAGCGACAGCCCUCGUGGGCAAGCGAGUCAGACGAGGACAGUGAACCAGAACAAAGGAUAUGUCAGAUAGCGACGUUAUCUUAGUCGUUGAUGGCCGACAGAGGGAACGCCAGUCUCGGUCUUCCGCGAGCGAUGCCAAAAUUCGAGCUUCCAUCGCGUCAUACAGAGGCCGCCUGGCGUCUUCGCGAGAACGUAAUAUAGAAGAAAAGUUAGGUUAGAGAGCGGAAGAGAGAGAGAGAGAGAGAGAGAGUUUGCUGAAAGUUGUUGGAGGAACAACACAACUCUUCCAAGGAAAGUUCGCGUACAAAGUUGAGAUUCGCGAGCAAAGAAAUAGAAACAAUCGCGAGUCUCGUUGGAAAAUUCGGUCAAAGAUCCGAGUGGUAGACACCGAAAUGCGUAAAAUUGGACUGCGCCGUGAUUUAUAAUUUUCGUUUUUGCGUAGCUGGAAUUUUCUACGAGUCGAUAUUGUGCGUCAUUGAAGUAUCGCGUAGGUUAUAGAAAGAGAAUGUUUCUGCGAA